AUGCAUUCAGCGUUGUUGACUGAAAAGGGAACACUGCAGACCAACGACGGACGCUUGGGACGCAGUGAAACUGCCAGUAAUGAUGGAGGAGAACGUAACGAACGCGCUGAAAAAGAGGCGGAGGGAAUCCGUCUACGCGGGCCUGAGAUAUUUGCAAAGUUGUCCGAAAGUGCCUCUAACCACAAAAACAAGUGGCUAUGCGAGCGGAACGGACUGCCAGAAAAGCGAGAGGGACGGCGCUCGGAUGCGCGAGAUACGCCAAGAGGACUUCGAGGGUGGGGAGAAGGGGUCAACUUGCACAACAAUGGCUGGGGCAAUCAACACGAAACUCCGGGAGACGGUAGAGGGCCCGUAGACGAACAGGAAGAACGAGGAGAUACGCCGUUUGGAUCAGCCGAUCCCGAGUUACACGCGAAACCCUCUCGAAACCAUCUGGAUACGAAAACGCCAAUAUCUCAACAACGGUUGCGCGGAAUUUUACAAAGCAGGUGUCCCCAGGAAGGGUUCGGCGAGAGGAAUGAACGACCCGAAAAGCGAGAGGAGCGAUGCGGAACUGCAGAGCUAACAUCGAGUAGUACGAGCCUUCCAAAAAUCGAGAGGCGCGGCGCAAAAACGAGCGAGAUAUGCGCUCGGUACGAGGGAGGUAGCAUUUGUCUUGACGAGCGACGAGCGGUGUCGACAGUGGCCUCGUCAGACCUGUAUCCGCAGAUGCGAGGCGUUGUGUGGAGCAUGGGAAGGCGCCGGACGAAUGAGUGCACCUUCCUUGAACACGAACGAGAGCGCGAGGAUGAGGACGAGGAAAAAGAACAGAUUGAGCUACUGGUCGAGUGUGAAUACGAGCGCCUUCGAGCGCGAUACUGCUUCGAGCUGCAGGCAUACGACUGGACUGAUAUGAAAUCAUCUUUUGAACAUGUGUACGAACCCGUUCGAGUCUGCGAGCGCGAGCGUGAACGAGGACGCGAGGGCGACCGGCCUCGGCCACAUGGCCACCUUGACUGUGGCUGCGCGUGCGGUAGAACAACGCGGCCGUCGACAAGUAGACACUUUCUCGAAGCUAAAUACAACUUGAACGAAUGGCAACCUGCUCGAAUAUGGCCUGAAAGUCCGCAGAAGAAGCAGAAUGAGUACGGACGGUGGGGGGAAUGA